AGAGGCGCGGCGCGCGGCCCCCGAGCGCGCCAACGCGGUCCCCGCCGAGCCGCCGCGUCCCGGGUGCGGCCCUCAGCCCCGCUCCGCCACCGCAUCCCGCCGGCCCCAGGAUGGGCGCGCGCGCCUCGGGCGGGCCCCGGGCCCGGGCCCGGCUCCCGCGGCCGCCGCCGCCGCUGCCGCUGCUGCUGCUGCUGCUGCUCGGGCUGCUGGCUCCGGGCGCGCAGGGGGCGCGGGGCCGCGGCGGCGCCGAGAAGAACAGCUACCGCCGCACGGUCAACACCUUCUCGCAGAGCGUCAGCAGCCUGUUCGGCGAGGACAACGUGCGCGCCGCUCAGAAGUUCCUGACCAGGCUGACUGAGAGGUUCGUGCUGGGGGUGGAUAUGUUUGUCGAAACCCUGUGGAAAGUUUGGAUGGAGCUCUUGGAUGUUCUUGGACUUGACGUGUCGAGCCUAUCGCAGUAUUUUAGCCCAGCCUCAGUGGCCAACAGCCCGGCCCGUGCCCUCCUGCUCGUCGGCAUCGUCCUCCUGGCCUACUGGUUCUUGUCCCUGACGCUGGGCUUCACCUUCAGCCUCCUGCACGUGAUAUUUGGCCGCUUCUUCUGGGUCGCCCGGGUCAUCCUGUUCUCCAUGUCCUGCGUGUAUGUCCUGCACAAAUAUGAGGGGGAACCGGAGAAUGCAGUCCUGCCCCUGUGCUUCGUGGUGGCCAUCUACUUCAUGACCGGGCCCAUGGGCUUCUACUGGCGCAGCAGCCCCAGUGGGCCCAGCGUGGAGGAGAAGCUGGAGCAUCUGGAGAGUCAGGUCAGACUGCUCAACAUCCGCCUCAACAAAGUGCUGGAGAGUCUGGACCGCGCCAACGGCAAGUGACAAUCAGCCAGCCGGCCGGGUCCCCUCACGCCAGCGCCCUCUCUCAGAAGACAGAAGAGAAGACGGAAGAAAAGAACACCAAACCCCAAACAAUCUCAAUAAACAUUCCCGAGCAGGACAGUGGCGCUCCGUGAGGGUCUUUCCGGCCACAAGUCAACCCUUAGGACACGUUCCCAGAGGAAUGACAGGAUCAUUUGUGUAGAACUAACUACCCACAAAGUGUCAUUAGUGGUGGAAAAAAAAAUAUUUUUUAAACAAAGGAUAUAACCAUAUUCGCUGUACAGUCAGAGUUUAUCUGUGCAUAGAGCCUAAAGUUAAUUUUUUCAAGCACUGAAAUACAUCUUUUGUAAGGUUUUUUAAUAAAGGCAGGUCGAGUCAAGUUUAAUAAAACUUUACACCUAGGGGGAGAAUGUGCUAAUUGGACACUUUAUACCCAAAGUUCCAAUGCUAGCGUUUGUGUGUUCACAGCAUAGGGAUUGGCGGGUGAGGUCUAUAUGCGUUAUUCUCAUGUUCCAAAACCAUGAGCUUCGUUCUUUGUUAUUUUUGAUUAAUGGUGACUUAGCUGAUGGAUGUUUUCGUUUCCGGGUGUGGGCAGUUGGGGUCCAGGACGAAACUAAACAUCUUUUGGGUCUUGUUGACCCCAGCCAACCCCCCCCACCGCCCCCGUCAACCAUGUUUCUAAAAGAAGAGAUUAUUAUUUCUAGAAAACCUGAGAUUAUUCAGGAUUUUUUUCCCCUUUCUGAACCUUGAUGGAUUUUAACCUCCACAUUUUGUAAAGGAAAACUCAAGGACCAGGCAAGACACGUCUUUGGGGUCUAAUGCUGAAAGCCAUGUGGGUGAGCGCCACCACUCCCUUGGUCAGGAGUCUGGGCGACAUCCCACAGUCACUGUCUGCCCGGCUAGACCUGCAGAGGACAGGUCUGCUCUCAAGGGUUUUGGUUUGUUUCAUUGUGGUUUGGGUUGUCUCAGGACCAUGGAAGGAAAACAAACUGUAGCAGCUAAUAACAUUUCCAAGUCUGUUGCUGCUUGUAAGGCAUUCUCAGGAACAAGCAGCAAGACACACACCUUGGAGAAGAUCCGAAUUAUCUUUCCUGAAAUUUUUACGAUACACGUGUUAGGUGCUUUCCGUCUGAAGUCUGCCUUCAUUUUAGGUGGUGCCCAGGGGCAGAGAGGGACUUCACUGGGCAGACAGCCAUGGGGGGGCCUCCGCAGGGGCACCUUGCCAGCUGGCUCAGGGGUGGAGGGAGACGCCCUGGCCUUGCCCCCCACCCCCAGGCCUGUCAGUUAGCACUGGGAACUUGCUCGGGCUUUGGCAGAUCGCAGCUUCCAAGGCCACAGGGGGUUUGACUGCCUCCAGGACCCUUCCCUGCCCACCCCUGCCCCGGGGGGUGAGGGGGGAGUUCAUUCACGGAGCCCCUGUACGCAGGUUUGCAGAGAGCCCCCUCAGAUUGGCCGGAACCAAGACCCCACGGUCCACGUACCAUUCUGGAGACAACCCAGCUCUCCGCCAGCUCUUGUACGGCAUUUCUGUGAAGUUUUAUUUUCGGUUGCAAAUAUCUGGAAAACAGGAGCAGAUGUUUUUUAAGGAUGCUUAUGAAACUUCUAUUUUUAAGGUGCACAUAACGGAACUCAAACUCUGCCACAUUCAGUUCACUUCCUGAAACGCAUACCUGUUGUCUGGGGUUAGCUCGGGCAGAUCUUCAUCCGGGGGGCAUCGGAACCCGUGGUUUCUGGAUCGAAGCCGUUCCAGUUGCCAUUUAGAUACUUCCAGAGAAAUCUAUUUUAGCACAGGGUAUAAAAAUUAACUCCAGGGAGGCCAUCCUUGCCCUCCUUCCCUUUGUGCAUUUGGCUCUUGUGUGUUGGGCAUUGCUUUGCUUAUGCUGGCCAGGGGCGUAUUGGCAUUCUGUGCACAAAGCUUUCAAGUCCCUAAACCAUCACUGGUCUGGAUAGAAUCUCCACUCCGUUCUCCCUGCCACCUUCCCAUGCGAGGCCUGAAGGGCACCGUGCUGUGUUGAGAUCUAGACAGGAAAACCUUUUGGACUUCCAGGAAAUCCAGGGAGGCACGUGCCCCUCGGUACUGGUGCGUUGAGACCUCGGGCAGCAGCUAGACAUCGCAGUGUGGGCUCUGAGGCCAGUCUUACAGGCCGAUACGCUCACGUGGAAGACGGCUUUAUUUUCAAUGAAGGAACCUUCAGUUAAAUAGGAAUGGCACUUCAGGGCAGAGCAUUCUUUGACAUUCCGGUAGGAAUCGUGGAUGUUAUUAUUAUUUUUUUUUUUUUUUGAAUCGUGGAUGUUAGAUCUGAGUAACUCUAGCUCUUUAUUUUUUUUGAAUUUUUUUUUAUUUGUUUAUGAUAGUCAGAGAGAGAGAGAGAGAGAGAGAGAGGCAGAGACACAGGCAGAGGGAGAAGCAGGCUCCAUGCACCGGGAGCCCGACGUGGGAUUCGAUCCUGGGUCUCCAGGAUUGCGCCCUGGGCCAAAGGCAGGCGCCAAACCACUGCGCCACCCAGGGAUCCCUAACUCUAGCUCUUUAACGCAUAAAUCUGAUUUUUGUUUGGGCAUAUUCUUAACCCCAAAUAGUUUGGGAUUUUUUUUUCUUUCUCCCUUCUACAGAAGCUUGUUGGGGUACUUGGCAUCUCCCCGGGCUCCCCAUCUUUUUCCUCUCUUUUGUACAUGGAAAAAAAGUAUUUUUGUAUCAUAUCUCAUACCUGGAAGAGAAAUCCUUCUUUUUAUGUCUCCCAGGCUGUAGAAUAUAUUAGUGCAACACUUCAUUCAAUGUGAUGUAAAAAAAUCCUGACAAGGACUACUGUGAAUGGGUUAUAAUUACCACUCCAUUCUCUAGAUAUCUUAAAGUUGAUCAGUGUUUAUUUCCCGGUGCCUCUGUGUCACAACAAACACCAAAAACAAAAGAGAAAGGACCAACUAUCUCUAACUCCUGGAUUUGUGUGGAUCCUCUGGAGUCUGUUGAGAAUGACCUCUUCUCUGACAUGCUAGCAGAGGUGCUCCAGUGGCACAUCAGCCUUCCAUAAAUACACUUCCCAUACCAAUCAGGAUCGGCAUCAUCUGCCUUCUGGGGGUUUUGGGCAUCAUUGUUUCAGUGAUACUCCAUUUCACUCUGGUAACAAAAUGCGUCAAUAGAAUUUCUCGAAAGCUGGUCUGGUGAAUUGUGCCAGGGUCCUUAUGAAGUUAACUGGGUGAUGGCCCAGGAAGGCUAAUAGCAUUGAAAGAAGGUUUUUAACACAGUUCCCUAAAGCCAAUGGGCAUAGCAUGCCACACAGGGUCCCCCAAAGCCUGUCACAUGCAGGGUCAGGAAGUGGAGAGGGGGUCUGUGCUUAAUAACUUUGGGAUGGUGGGAGGUGACCAGGUUCAAACAUUCCCCACUGGGUGCCAAGUGCAAACAUGCAGGUCGGAGUCGGUGGUUGGGAGGAUUAUAAUAUGACAUUGCACACCCUGAGGGCUGGCUCAUGGGGAAGCUGUGAACCACUUUGGUUGCUAAUCUGUCUCUGAUUCAGCAGCCAUAUGGAGAGGUUAGGAAUGACAGGUCACAUAGCCAGUGCAGAAUCGAAAACAUAGUUAACACACCCUGUCUCUAGUAGCAAUCCUGAACUGCUUCAUUUCUAUGCUUCCUGCUACUCCUUAAGAAGCUCUAGAUGAUUGAUGCCUGGUAACUCCUCCCUGAUGGGGUUUGAAUUGUCUGACUUAACCCAAAAGCCAGCUCUGGCCAUCCAGCUGGCUCAGGUAAGAAGGAAUUUUUAAGGUCCUAUGAUGUCAUCCCCCUCUCCCCAACUUUAAAAAAAAUAUAUAUAUAUAUCUCCAUUCUGCAAAAUUUUGCUUAUGGUCAUUUGAGUAAUUGAACUUUUACUCCUCACUUGUGAAUAGUGAAUAAUAGAAUUAUAUAUUUUUUGCAGGUUCUAACAUAGCACCCUUAAAAUUAGCAUUGGACAACCACUAAUAUGAUGUACAGUAUCUGGGUUAAACAAACUUUGUUCAGCGUACUGAUUCUGUGCUUUGCCCUUCAGUGAUUCCCUGAUUUGCAGGAGUUACACCAGGACCAGUUUUUCUAUUGUGGUAUUAAAAGCUGAUUGUCAUUUGCAUUGUCUACUGAAAACCUUUGGGUGGCAGCUAAUGGAGUUAUUAACCAUAUGUUCUAAUGUCUUUUUGCAGAUUUUAAGGUUUUGUUAUAGUGUCAGCUUUAAUAUUCGCAUGUGUGUUAAAUCUCUGGAUACUGUGUAAUUAAAUUGAUUUCUUGUGAUGGUGACGGUGAUUAGCGCUCACUUAAAAUCCAGCGAAGCAAUUAUUUCCCCUCUUAACUGGAAAUCAUAUUUGUGAGGUAUGGUGUCCCUUAUCAACAGUGUAUUCAUGAUUCAGUUCAUAUUUUGUGUAUCUGUUUAUAAAUUUUCUAUAGCAUUUGAUUUCACACUUAAUAUAAAUCCAUUUGAUUUGAAUAUGGUGGUGUGUGUGUGUGUGUGUGUGUGUGUCUGUGUGGUGUGUGCACACUUUAGUUCCAUAAGCCUUGGGAAGCUGAUUCUACGAAUAUCAAAUAUAAACAUAAAUGUAUAAGGCUUAUUUUAUUUGCAAAAUGAUACAUACAUUCCUCCUAUUUAUUAAAUCACUGGCUUUAGUGUUCUGUAGAGAUAUUUGUAGACCGAUUUCAGAACAGAAUGAAAAUAUUGUGAAAAUUACAGCUUAAUAAAUGUUUAUUGUAAUUUUGUUGUAUGGA